GUUGCUGGGAAUUUUUUCUUUCCAAUGAAAAACUACUUGGAAAAACAGUUCAUAUGUUCCCAUACAGUGCACGACCAUAGUCCGUGUGCGCGCGCUCGCUCGAGCGUGUGUGCGGAUGUGGAUCGGGGGGUUUGAAGUUGUUAUCCGGUAGAGGGCGGAGUGAAAGUGUAAGAGAACGUGAGGAGAGGGGAAGCAGGAGCUGCAGAGGGCUGGAGCUGCGGAAAGGAACGGAGCGGACAUGGGUGGCAGCGGACGCCGGGCAUCUGCAGCCUGAGUGCGGGGGGCAGGAGGAGCAGGAGGGCCUCCAGUUGACUGAACAGGAAGGUUUACAUUAGCAGAGCCGCAGUUAAAGAGAAUAGCCUGCUGUCCGUUUAGCGCCUACACACACACACACACACACACACACACACACACACACACACACACACACACACACACACACAGACACAGAGUCACUCACACAUCUUAAGAACAGCGGGAGAUGCAUUACGUCAUAGCCUCUCAUUGCCCUAGAUGACCGCGCGCGCAGGACGGGGAGGAUGCGGGGCUGCCGGACUAGAACGGUAACAGAUUCCGCUGCUGCUGCUGACCGCGAGCCCCCGGCGGGUGUGUGUCGGCCGGUAGAGAAAGAAGAGGAGCCGCCGUCGCGCGGCCGCCGGCUCUGAUGGCUCCUCGCGCCCGGGGCGGGAAAGAGUCACAGCAGUCGCCGCGGAGCGAGAGGGUAGGGGACAGCAGGUAUCUGGGAAGUGACGUGGUGUCCGCGCCCCACAAGAAAGCAAAACGGUGCGUUUGUCGUGCAUCUCGCAGGAGGGCAGGAGCGGGAAGGCGAACAUGGCCGCACAGUCCGACGGCGGCAAAGCCGGGGUCGGGUGCGGCGGCGGCGGGGGUUUCGCCCAGCUCUAUGAUGUUGACGCCGAGGAGCCUCUGGACUCCGCGGCGAUCCACAUCUGUCAGUGCUGCCGCUCUUCCGCUUGCUACUGGGGCUGCCGCUCAGCUUGCCUCGGCUCUCUGCUCGGCGGGAGUCCGCCUGCCGGAGGGGUCGGCAUCCGGGAGACUCACUGCCCGCCCCGGGAGCAGCUGUGGCUGGACUGCCUCUGGAUCAUCCUUGCCCUCCUUGUCUUCUUCUGGGACGUCGGCACGGACCUGUGCCUGGCGAUGGACUACUACCAGAGGCAGGACUACCUCUGGUUCGGCCUCACUCUUUUCUUCGUACUGGUGCCCUCGGUACUGGUCCAGAUUCUGAGUUUCCGAUGGUUCGUGCAGGACUACACCGGCGGGGGGCUCGGGGAGGUCGAGGGGCUGACCAAGCGGGGCACGGUGGUUCUGGGGUGCCUGUAUCCUGGAAGGGACCGCCUGCAGCUGGCCACUAUCUGGCUGUGGCAGGCCACCAUACACAUCCUCCAGCUGGGACAAGUGUGGAGGUACAUCAGGACGCUGUACCUAGGCGUCAUGUCGCGUCGGCAGAAGGAGCACCAGCGGCGCUGGUACUGGGCCAUGAUGUUCGAGUAUGCUGACGUCAACAUGUUGCGUUUGCUGGAAACGUUUCUGGAGUCGGCGCCUCAGUUGGUCCUGCAGCUCUGCAUCAUGAUCCAGGAGAACCGAGCUGAGACGCUACAGUGCAUUUCCUCCUUAGCCUCCCUCCUGUCUCUCGCCUGGGUUCUGGCCUCCUACCACAAACUGCUCCGAGACUCUCGUGACGACCAGCGCAGCAUGAGUUACCGCGGGGCGCUGCUGCACCUCUUCUGGCGCCUCUUCACCAUCUUCUCCCGCGUCCUCUCGCUCGCCCUCUUUGCCUCCCUCUUCCACAUCUACUUCGGCAUCUUCGUGGUGCUCCACUGGUGCGCCAUGGCCUUCUGGGUGGUGCAUGGAGGCACUGAUUUCUGCAUGUCCAAGUGGGAGGAGGUGCUCUUCAACAUGGUGGUCGGCAUUGUCUACAUCUUCUGCUGGUUCAACGUGAAAGAGGGUCGGACGCGAUACAGGAUGGUGGCGUACUACACCGUGGUGCUGGCCGAGAACAGCAUCCUGACCGGGCUGUGGUAUGCCUACAGAGAUCCAGUGCUGACCGACUCCUAUGCCGUCCUGGCACUGUGCAGCGUCUACCUGACAUUCGCAGGGGGCGUCCUGGUCAUGCUGCUGUACUACGGUUUCCUCCAUCCUGCCACUGCCCACCUCCAGCCAAGUCCCGCCUCAUCCUGCUGUGCCCAGCUGCUCUGGGGUCUCCCUCUCCCCCCGUCAGCCCCACCCACAGCCCCUCCCACACCAGCCCACAUGGCCAAGUCACAGACGGAAGAGGAUGUGGCCGAGACGUGUCUUCCCGUCUUCCAGGUGAGGUCUGCGCCCCCCACUUCCAAGCCCGAGGGCCCGCUUAUAAAGAUCGACAUGCCCAGGAAGCGUUACCCAGCAUGGGAUGCCCACUAUGUAGACAGGCGCCUGCGGAGGACUAUAAACAUCCUGCAGUACAUAACGCCAGCCGCUGUGGGCAUCCGCUAUCGUGAUGGACCCCUCCUGUAUGAACUGUUGCAGUAUGAGUCCUCACUCUGACAAACACACAAAUCAGCACACACACACACAUAUACAGACAAGUACACAAAAGCACAUGUGCACCAUAAAAAAACAUGUAUGUAUAUGUGGAUGUUCAGAUUUAGAGAAGAUUUAGAAACACGUUCAUGCACAGAAAGUCACACUUGAUAUAAGCACAUACACACACAGAAGCAAUCUGUCACACUUAUAUGUGUGCGCACACACGCGAUCACACUUACAUUCCUUGCGGGCACCUGCGACCUGUGAGUCCCAUGGCCAUGACUCAACAAGCUGCUUCGGCGCAAGUCCGUCUCCUCCUCUCUUAAACCUUUUGUCACUCUAUUUAACUUUAAUCGUCCCUCACUUGGUCUCAUUUCUUUAAUUUCACAUGUGCGCGCUCCGCUGCAAAGAAAAAAAAGUAAAAAUAUGAAAAAUAAGCGUAGUUUUACGAUGGAGUCCUUGACCACCGCAAGCCAUUUAUGUUGCACGCGUUCACAGGUUUAAGAAGAAUAAAAGGAUGUGACACAAUGACGGUCACUUUUAAUAAAAUGAGUUGUAACAUGUCGUUAUUAGUCUGGUCAAAAGAUAGUGUAUAUAUUUUCUAUGUACAGAGAGGAUGUUUUUUAAUCUGUUGUUAUGUUGUUGUUGGACACAUCAGUUUCUCGACAUCACUGACAAGGUUAACGGGGAGAGUGGCCGAGCAUGAUGGAAAAGAUGGAGACAAAGUGGCAGUAAUGGCAUCCAAUGCACACUCAAACAACAAUUUUUACAUUUGCAGCCUCAAUUUUAAAGAAUCUAAAAUUCUAGCUAAAGUCUCUCAGAAGGACAGUUUUAGUUUAGUAGAUUUACUUGUUGUCUUGUCAAAGGCAACAAGUAAAAUAUUAGCACUAGAGAGUUGACUAGCUUAGCUUAGCUUAAAAAAACUGAAAACAGGUAAAAACAGCUAGCCUGGAUUUCUUCUCCUAAAGUAUCUAGUAGCUAGCAUCUUGUCUUAUUUAAAUUAUACAAAAAGAUAAAUGUAAAAAAUAGUUUUUUGUGGGUUCAGAAAGUAGCCAAACCAUCUACCAUUAAGAAUAAUUGCACAUUUACUUGCUCCUAAGACAGUAAAAGAGUAACUCUUCGAAUUUUGGAGUUCAUGUGCUUGUGAUUCAAAAUAUGGAAACAAAUUCAUACUAUAAAAAUUAUGAUCAGGGCUUUUAAAAGAAAUGUGUUAGUUCAUACCUGACCUAUCAGGGUAAUCAGGGGAGUAAGUUUUCCAGCUACUCUGGGUUACUUUGUGUAGCGCAAUAGUAGAUGCUAUGUUAUAAAUUCAAACUUAUCUAAAUAAAGAAAAGCAUGUAUACGAAUUUGUAGCAAAUGUUAUUUCUAUCAACAAAAUAGUUACUUUUCUAUGCUCGUUUCUACCUACAUGAUGUCAACAACUCAGCAAGUCCUGCCACAAAAUCUGACUCGAGAUCUUGAAAGCUAAAGGUUUCUACCUGUUUUUGGUUGUUAUGCUAACCUAGGCAGCCUGCUUGCAGGAACUCAUAUUUAAUGGAGAGAUAACGAACUAGUACAACUUUCCUCAUGUAACUCAAAGGCCAAUUGAGCAUAGAACAAAGCAAGCCCAACUAUAUCCUUAAGAUAGACUUGAAAAAAGUAUGUUGAGGGCAGUUAGCAACAUGUUAGCUGUAAUGUGGAAAAAUGAAAAACAGUUGCUUCUUAAAGUAUAUUACAAAAGCACUAAAAUAAUUUCUUCCUGAACAUUUGGAAAAGUAAAAAUGUAAAUAGUAAAUGUUGCACAUAACCAUAUUGCUCAUCUGGGAGGGAAAUAGAGUGUGAAAUUUGAAUGCCAUCUUAGGGGAAGUUCUCCAUCAUUUCCUUUUAUGCUCCAAGCAGUUAUGGGAGGUCUUUUUAUAUCACAAAAAUAAAGGUAGAUUCAUGAGUAAUUGUUUUUAAUUGAGGUCUACUACAUUUUUUUGUGUGUGAUAGCUUAAUCAUGUUGGUCCCACACUAACAGGGUGCUGCCACUGAAGCCGACAUAAAACAGUUUUGGACUUCAGUCAUCACAACCCUCCCAGUGACUUGUCUUCUCCUGUUUCGUGUCCAAUAUCAACUCCUCCAAAGCCACCCACAGCUGAGCUGUGGUGUAUGGCUCAUUAUUUAUUUCUUUUGGUUUGUUUACCCCUGUAAUCCAAGCUGUUACAUUGGCAGGCAAAAACACAUGAGCUGAGAUAUUAGUCAUCAGCAUGUCAACGGGAACGGUGCAACUCCUGAAAUCUCACGCCGUGGGGGUGGGGGUGGGGGGGUGUUUCCUCUGAUCCCGUUCCAUGAGCCCACUUUCUCCUGCUUUCUACAACCGCCUUUGCUAUGAGGGCUGGGUAUAGAGAGAGUUAAAACUGGGGUACGUCAACAAAUUUUGUAAUUUUGGUAAAAGUCGAAGUCUUUCUGAGGGCGACUUGCAAAUAUACGUAAUUUAUUAAUUUAUUAGUCCUCAAAUUAUAAUUCUGUGAUUGAUUUGAACCAGUGACCCAGAAGUAUGAGAAUCUUUUGAAUUAUUGGUAAAACCUGCAAUUUUAAGGUAUCACAUUAAAAUUUGGUUGUAGAAAAGCUUGUCGGAUAUGACCAGUGCUCCCUUUCCAUGGCCACUGACUCUGAAGAUACCAAGGCAUUCCCAAAACAGCCAAGAGACAAUAUCUUUAGUUUGUCCUGGGUCUACCCAAGGUCUCUCCUCAGUAGUCUCACCUAAGAAACUUCCAGGAUGCAUAUUAGUCAGAUGCCUGAAACACCUCACUUGGUGUCUUUAUAUGCUGAGAAGAAACAUCUCUACUCUGAGUCCUUACCUUAUCUCUAAGGAUGAGUCCAGACAGUCUUUUGAGUCUUCUUUCUGGUAGUUGUAUCCACCGUUUUAUUCCUUCAGUCACUAUUCACAGUUUGUGGCCAAAUAGUUACGGAUCACUACAAACAUUGUACCAAUCUCUGGUCAGCCUCCCAAUCCAUUUUCCCCCAUUCAUGAGCAAGACCCCAAGACACUUUAACUCCUCUAUUUGAGAAAACAGCCUGUCCCCAUAGCAAAGUGGGCAAUCCACCUUCUUCUGGCUCAGAACCAUCGCUUCAGACUUACAGGUGUUAACUAUCAACCCCGCUGCUUAUUAGCUGUGAACCACUUAGUGUCUGGAAAGCAAAAAAGUCAGCAUCGUACUCAAACAACCAAGACGCAAUGUCAAGACCCAAUAUCCUCUGUCCUUGGCUGUUCCUACAAAUUUUGUGCAUGAAAGUUCAGAGAAAAAUGACAAAGUUGGAGCAACAAAAAACCAAAACUUAGCGAUAAUGAUAGUCCUGAUCCUUACCUUGGGAAACAUUGCCAGCUUUAACCCUAAGGCUUGUUUAAGGGUUAGGGUCACAUCUACCAUUUAGCGCUUUCACCUGUUUGGUGAAAUGCAACCCUAACGGCAACCCUACCACCAAAGUGGUUCACCGAUGAACUGGCGGAUGUUAAGAACACCAUUAAUGACUGAUAAAGUUAAUCAGUAGAUAAAACUGUAAUAAUUACCCCAGUGUGGAAUUUUUUUUAAAUUUAAAUAAGGAGACUAAAAGCAGAAAUACAGCGUCCCUUUAAGUGUGAACGAUAGGUGGGCUCACAUUAUUUUUCUGUGGUGCUAGCCGACUAACAAAACAGACAAAUCAGUCCAUUUGCUGCGAUCCGGCGAGUAGAAACAUUAGUUGCGAACGCGUAACAGAAGCAGCAGCAUCAGUGUUCAUAUGGUGCGACACUCUCGAGCUUCAGAGUCAACUGGCUGCUAAUCCCACUUCAUAUGGUGCAAAUACAAAACACACAUGUACUUAUGGUGCAAUAAGGGCAGAUUGUCUCUUUGAAUUCUAUGGUGCAACUUGAGUACUGCCUUCAGUUAUCAGCCAAGGCUGUGCCAAAGGCUCCGUCCAAACGGACAACUGCUCUUCCUGUCCUGCAGAAGCUAUGCAAGUCUCCAACAUGGGGGAGAUGUGCUUAGUGUACACACACACACAAACACACACAGUUUUCCUCUGAAGCAGGGAGAGACACACAAUGAAAAGCAGUGUAAUAACAUGGGAUGUAUCCCUACCUCACCGCUUGAACACAAACACACUCACACACCAAUGUCCAGUAUUCCCUUACCCCUUUAUAAUUUGGGAACAAUAUUCAUAUGGUGCUAUUGAGUAAAGCUAGAUGGGUUUUUGUAUAGUUGUGGUUACAGUGAAGAAUUAGCCAAAUAUGUGUAUCAAACAUUCAGAUCGAUGAAACAGUCUAAUUCCUUCAUGUUGACAGCGUAUGUAAAAACAGCAACACUUUCCGUCUCUGUGAAACACAUCAAAGUAACAAUGCCUUAUCUGCUCGACUGAAGUGGAGGUGGUUUCUUUUUUUCUUUCUUUUUUUCUGUGUGUGUGUGUGGUUUUUUUUAAGAUAUGAGUCAUAGGAGGGUGGUGCUACUUUUCUGGUACACUCUGAUCUGGACAUGCACUGUACAUGAAGAAUAGCGUCAACACGCAGAAAUCAAAGGAAAACAGCGUCAUGUGCCAUUUAGAGAGCACAGUCAGGCAUCUCCUGCUCGUUUCACAGAAAAACAAAUAAUCUCGAAUGAGCAAUCUGGAUUUGAGAGUAAAUAUAAAUGGCCAAGAGUCACAGCUUAUAUGUUUCUGAACAAAGAGCAGCUGCCCCACUUGUUUUUUUCCCACAGCAUUAACCGCUGAUUUUAUUUUUUUGAUCCAAUCCACAGCUCUUUGCACCCAGAGCUCCAGCCAAUGAGAAAUCAGGUUUAUUAUAGCCAAAUCAGGUUAGAAGCAACCAAAUAAUACAAUUCUCUCUCUUUAUAUGGAACUACUCAUAAGGAGCGUUCAGACUCAGCAAUAGCCUCAUGAUCAAAGUCCAGGUAUCAUACAUCAGUCUCGGUUGUGUCACCCAGCAGUCAAAAAUCAUCCACACUGGGCCUAUGACUGAGCCUGCGCGCUCUGAGUGAUAAGUUUCUUCCUUCAUCGAGAAAACCAGAGCCUUAUUCAUGCCCACACUGUAAGAGAAUUUAAAUCCAGUAGGUGUUAUGUCACUGUUGUAUGGCUUCACAUCCACAGCUAUGCAAGGUUACGAGCAAGAAGGUUCUGGCCUUAGAUAACCUUUACAGAAAUACCACAUCACUGUUCUCACGCGUUGCUUGUUUUUAUAUAUAUGUUUUAGGCUUUUUUUUCUCUUAGGAGGAAGGAAUAAACCAUAAAGUGUUGAUGUGCAGAAUUGCAAAUAUGUGAUGUACCAUUUGUUUACAGAUUUUAAGCUUUUUGCAUUUUUCUUAAAUAAUUUGGUGAUUAUUUUUAUGGACUUUACAUUGUUCUCUAUCAGGAUUGACUUCUGAUGGUUUAAAAUUGGUCGGGAGGGGAAAACUGUACCUUGGGAAUAACUGGGAUGAAUGCCACCUCCCGACUGAGGAAUGUGUAUCUUGCUGUGAAAAUGAAAUGAAAACCAAGGAGUUGUUUUUCCUUUGGAUAAAAUACAUAAAUGUUCCACUAUCAGGGUCUACAAAGCAUAUGAGGCCUGUGGUAAGGCUGUGUGUGUGUGUGUGUGUGUGUGUGUGUGUGUGUGUGUGUGUGUGUGUGUGUGUCUGAGCACAAGCUACCAUACCGUGUCAUGAAUGCUUCAUAUAUUCUUUUGCGUGCUUGGUCUAGAGCUGUGAAAGUAUGGUUUUAUUGAAGCCAGAUGUUAAGUUGUUUCUGAUCUCAGACCAGUUUUUACCAGAUCUGAGUCCGAUGACAAUUCAAAUCCUUUCCUUGAGGAACCGAAGAGAUUUGGUAGUUUUGGCACAGAAAAUGAACAAAAAGGAUUUCAGUGGUUUGACUCAGGUUUGGAUACUAUAAGCACAGGGCAGGGUCAAACUAAACCUUAACUUGGAAGUACCUGUUAGACGUACCAUGAGCUUUUAUUUUGUUAGGGUCAUGCUUUUCUACCAUGUUCUUCAGCUUGGGGGGAGAAAAAAAGUAGCUCUAGCGACUUCGAUGUGCAAAAGUAACUUUUAUUUUCUUGUGGGUGGCAUUUUGAUUGUAAAUACCUUUUUCUGGUAAUCCUUCUCAGUUGGAUCUAUGUUCCAUGGGUUUGCUUAGAUGGCUCUUUGAAAUGUACCGAUAGUAAAUGUUCUUUCUAAAUAUCCAGAAUGUAAAACGAGAGAAGAAAAAUUCAGCCUGACUGGAAGCUGUGUUUUCAUAGGAAUCUGUGCCAUUGUGUUGUCUUGAGUAUAAGCACACUGAUAUUAGCUCUGUGGGUGGGAUGAAGUUUUUGGAGGUGAUUUGCCAGACAACUGUGCUCCUUUUUUUUACUUUAAAAUAAAAUAAUUAUUAAGCAAUAAUUUAUUUCAAAAGAAACCUUCACAAGAAAUGUUUAUCAUAAUAUAUAACAAAAUAAUUUGUUAUACAUUAUGAUUUUAGUCACAGAAAAUUCAGAGAGAAGACUUUCAUGUUUAUGGGGGGAAAUUAACAAGACAAAAUAAUGGUAAAUGUAAAAAUAGAAAAAGUUAACAUUCUGACAACUAAUUUUUUUUUUAAACCUUAAUCUUGAUUUCUGAGUUCAAUCUUGCACAUUUAUCACUUCAUCAAUUCAGGUUAUCUUUGCUUACAUAUUACUACAAAAAUGUCAAAUUAAAAAAUCCAUUGGGUAAUUAUUUUUGCUUCAGUUUAAAGUUUAACGUACAAGGAAAUGGCUAAUUAGCUAGCUAGCUAGUUCUGGC